AUGGAUCGUGACAAAGUCAUCGGACAACUUGAAAACAACGGCUCUACUCCUAUGACUCCAACCAGCUUUUUAAAUCCAAAGGAAAUAACCGCAGAGCAGGAGCAGUUCGCUGAGCAACUCACAAAGACUAUUGACAAAAUAAAAAGUGAAAGGGAGGGAUCGCUAGUCGAGGAAAUUCAUUUGCAGCAUCAUCCCUCCUCGAAUACUUCGCCUGGCUAUGCCACUACGGAUCGUGCCACAAAUCCGCCCACUCCUACGCCACAAUCAACACAGAAUAUUCAUGUUAAACUCGGCGAGAAUGAAACCGAUAGUGUUGCGACUUCCGCGGCGACGGUACCUUCUAGUCCAAUGUUGCUUUCUGACGUUACUUCAAUUCACACCGCCUUCUCCAUGGCGCCUGCUUCGGGCAUUUGUAAUCCUUCCGCUGCCGUCGCUGCCGCUUUGCACAAUCUGCGCACUCAGGAUGGUGGCACCACCGGUUCACCCCCCUCCACCGCCGGCGACUCUACUUCGCCAUCUUCGCCCUCAUUGGAGAACCCCACAGGGACAAACCGGUAUCCCAGUGUCACCACCACCGCCGCUGCCAUCAGUAAUAGGUAUCCUAGUCUCUCACUUCCUCCACUGAGGACCGAUGUGGCGGACGGUGGUAGCGGUGGGGGAAAUACAUAUGCUUCGGUUGGUCUUACUGACAUGUUGGUCGGUUCGGCGGAAGAUCCAGUCACAACCACUUCUGUCGGAGGUGAUAUCACUUCCUCUGUCACCGGACAAGUGAUUGUUAAUCCCACCACGGAUGGAUUUUUACAUCUCUUUCAUCAUUCUACUGAUCAGAAUCCACUGAUGGAUCCAAAUAGUUCCCGCGGGAGCGGUGCUUUGAGCCAGCGUCACCUGACAAACCUCGUUCCCUACGACAGUCACAGUCUUGCACAUCCGCGACAGCUCCACGACUACAUUCCCUCGAACAUACCAACUUCCUACACCAACGAAGACCAGCAGCAGCAACAACAAGAGAGCAUGAUGCUUUCACAGAAGCGGUCUCUCUCCAACACAGCCUCAAUGACUCCACCUCCUUCCACUGUGAAACGCAGUCGUCGGCGUCAUGAGCCCACCAUUGCUGCCGCUCAGGCGCUCAUUAAUGCCACUUCCAAUAGCAUGGGGCAGCUCUCCUAUGCUCCCACCGAUGUGGCGAGCAUGGUUGGAUUGAAGAUGGAGGAGAGGUCUGUAACCCACCAACCCAUUCAGCCAGCAAUCAGUACAACGAGUAAUGCAGGAAGUGGACGUAGAGUAGCUGUGCCCGCCGGAGGGGGUCAGAUAAACUCGCAAUCGAUGCCUAUCACGUAUGAGUCGCAGUCAAUCAGCCGACCUGACACUUCCCUUACAUCCAUAGAGGAGGACUUGUGCUCUGACCCUUCGAUGCUGAAGAUAGAGAAGAAGAGGGCGCGUAACCGUCUGGCAGCACGUCGGUGUCGUGAGAGGAAGGUAAAUAGGAUUGUAACUUUGGAGAGUGAAGUAGCAAUGCUAAACACGUACGUGGAGCAGUUGCGUACCCAGCUAGAGACGGCCCAAAAGGAGGCAAACCAACUAAGGCUCUACCUGGAGCAAUUGUCCGAGUCAUAUCCUGGUUUGCAGGAUAAGUUGAAAUCCCUCAUUCAGCCGACAUCUCAAGUUGUGCCGUCUUCCACUAGUCUCCAUCCGCCUCCACCAUUGCCUGAGUCAUAG